AUGCGGCUGUGGGUGGCAUGGAUGUUGGUGGACCUGCAGUUGCCCAGGCUGACGUCCCCAUGGCAGCUGCCGGUGGCCAGAGGCUUUUCUGCUCUGUACCAGGCUGCCCCUGUGCUGAUGGCGCCCGUGCCCGAGGGUGGGCUUCGGCCGGCUCUCAGGACGCAUGUUGAUGCCCACCUUGGAGGCUCGUUGGCAGGUCGUGUCCCCGCAUCCUGGCUUCAAGAUCGCGAUUUGCAACAAUGUUUGGUGUGUGGAUUGAGCGUGGCUAAGCGCUAUGGCAUCCACCCGACAUGUCGUCCCACUGCUCGAGCCGCUGCUGGGCCUGGGCCGGCCUUGGGACCUCGGGGCCCGGAUGAUGGCGCCCUCCCUUCUUUGUCCGAGAUCCAAUGCAGCAAUACUCCCACGCUGAGGCAUGUCCCGGCCCGCGCUCGCUAUGCUUGGGCUCCUCGGGCAUGUGCUGCGGCCGCUGAGUACAACGAUGAGCGUGCCUGGGUGCACCUGCUGAUGCUUCCCCAACCGGUGCUGUGUGCCCCUCCGCGGGGUGGUCGCAAGCCGCUGCUGCUUUUACCUUGGAGCGCCUCCAGAGGUGGCAAGAUGGACCAAAAGCGCGACUUUGCGAUUGGCUUGGCCCGGGAGGGUUUCGACAAGAAGGCUUGCACUGCCUUGCUGUCUCAGGGACUUUGUGAGCAUUCUCCCGCCACUGUUGCAGCUCUACGCUCUUUACACCCAACGGCUCCAGCACCAACUGUUCCAGCCAUGCACGAGCUGCCUGUGGCAUCCUUGCUGGACGUGGACUCGGUGACCUACGCUCUUCGUAGCUUUCCUGCUCAAACAGCGCCUGGCCCAACCGGCCUCCGUGUUCAGCAUUUACGGGAUGCCUUGAGCAACGGUGGUACCGCCGGACUGCUGGACCAUAUCACCAGGUCAACCUGCUUGCCCAAGGGCAAGCAUGCUCUGCCAUUGCCCCUCUUCUGGGAGAUGCUGGCUUGGCUGGGGCCGAAGCGGCCAUCCAUGCUCUUCGGGCCUGGGUUGGCCGCCAUGCUGGAUCCUCAAGUCGCCUUGCGGCUGCUGCGUGCCUCCGCUGGGUAUGCUCGACUGGUACAUACCAUGCGUUGCUGCCCUCCUGCUGGCCAUGUCGCUGCUUUAGAGAGCUUUGAUCAGCUGGUGCAAGAGUGCUUCAGCUCCUUCACUGGCCUACACCUUGAACAUGCCCAAUGGCAGCAGGCUACCCGUGGUCUUGCCCACGCUGGCCUGGGUCUUCGCUCCACUCGCGCACAUGCUCCUGGAGCCUACUUUGCUUCUGUUGGCGGGUGCUCUCUGCAAUGUCAAGAGCUUGACGCUGGCUACUGGGUGGACCACUCGGGUGAUGUUGCAGCCGCCUUGUCGGAUUUGAAUUCUGCUUUUGAGCCUGCUCAGAAGCUCACUGCUGCUGCCGCACUUGCACUCUCCCAGAAAGAGUUGAGUCGUCGAGUUGAUGAAGCUGGUUGGGCCCGCCAGCUGGCGGCUGCUUCUGCCAUUGGCAAGGCCACCCUCCAGUCUGAAGCUGCUCCUGGGGCGCGGGCCUUUCUUACUUGCGCCAGUCGGACUCGGAUGGAGCAUUUGGAUACUGCUGAGGCUUGCGCCGCCCAACAGGUGUUCUUUUUGCCCAUGGUUGUCGAGACUACUGGCGCUUGGGCCGAGACUACUGGCGCUUGGGCGCCUGAAGCAGCCAAGGCCUUGGAAUCCAUCAGCCGUGCAGCUGGCAGUGAUGGCAGCACGCUCCUGCAAGAGGAGCUGUUGGUCCUCUCGUCUUCUCGGAAGGGCAAGUUCUCGCAGUGGGCCUGUUUGAAGGCUGAGGAGCCAGUGGAGACCACAGAUCCGAGCGAGGCCGAGGAGAUGGUUUCACCCUCGUCGGGAGAGAGCACACCCGUGACGGUCGAGGAGGGUAAGCAGCCCAAUGAGGAUGAGAAGGAAGCCUUUCAGCUUUACCUGCAGAAGUUCGGCGAGUGCCGCGAUGGUUCCAACCCAGGUUAUAGCCGCAAGGCUUUCCCUUGGUAUAGCGGCAAGCUGCCACAGGGUGAGAAGGUCUCAGACGAGUCACUGCAGGCAGCCUUGGCGUAUCGCCCCCAACCGGCGAAGCGCCUGAACAAGCCCAACCUGGUGGAGGUGGAUUCGGAAGGCGAGGAAGUGCCGCUGUGCACCAAGUGUUCCAUGCCCGUGGGCGAGUUUGCCUACCAGGGCCGCGAGGGGAAGCACACGUGUGUGCACACGGAGUGCAUGGCACAGGUCUUAAUGAAGGAGGCCCAGAGGGAUGAAGAGCUCCGAAACCAGCGGGAGCAGCAGAAGAAGAUCUUGAACCGAAGGGAAUUUGACAUCGGAUGGCAGAUGGACAGUGUGCCCCAGAAUGCACGCUGGGCCGCGCGCAUGGGCUGUGACGCCAAUCCGCAGGGCUUGUGCUGUUUGGUCUUGGAUGAGGCCAGCAGGACCGUGAAAGUGAAGGCCACCCUGGAACCUUCAGCUGCUGUGAACUUGGAGUACCUCCUCCUGGCCCUCAAGGUGCGGAAGACGGCGAGCCGCGAGCCGCUGUUUUCGCUGGACCCGGUGGACCCGCAGAACUUGGAGCAAUCUCCGCAGAAGAAGGUCUAUGAGCCCAAGUGGUUGGCUGGCACCAGCGCAGGCGACGUGAUGUUCCAGGCAGAUUACUUCCUGAAGGAGUUGGCAUUGGGGGAGUACAGCAUGCCUGUGGUGGGAAUGAGCAGCGUCUUCGACUUCUCGGAGAUGACUGGGAAGGAGAACCAAUGGGCUGGUCGCGAGUGGUUCGUGGUGCGGAAGGCAGAGGUCCGGAUGGCGGAAGACAAGACCUUGAUCCCUCACGUGAAGAUGGGGGUGGAGGCGCGCGAGCAAGUCCUGACCAAGAAUGGUCUCGAGGAUGCUCCGGUGACUCUGCCUCAUCACCCUCUGAAGAAGUUUGCGGAGGCCUUCUCGAGGCACUUCGACCUGAUCGCCGAGCGAAAGAGCGUGAUCUUCCACCUGAGGGAGUUGGCCAAGGCCUCCGUGAUGGCCAAGUACUUGGUGGACUCCCGCGCGCGGGUGGACCCCAGCUGGUACGCCUUGGCGGAUGAGAUCGUAAAGACCACCACCCCCGAGGCGCACCCGGAGAUCCCGCAGCUGUGGAACAUGCGCGGCAACUCGCGCAUCAAGCUGAAGAAUGGCCGGUUGAUUGACAUGGUGACAGGUGGACAGAGCUCCUUACAGGCCAUCUAUGGUGGCGUGGAGUUUGGCUUGGACCGCUUUGAGCUCGCUCAGCGACAUGCCCUCCAGGGGCAGCCAGGAAUGCAACUGGGCCAGUCAGGCCGUCCAAUGUUCAUGCCGCAGCGCUUCCAGCUGGGACAGCGGGAGAUGCCACAAGGUGUCGACCUGAACUUGGACAAGUUCUCGCUCUCUUCAGAGGAGCGCUUCGCGGGUCGCCUCCCGCCCUGCAGCGGCGGGAAGGGCUCGCUCGAGGCCAAGGUGACGCUGGGCAAGGCCUUCUUGGACGGCUUGAGGCGCCGGUCUUGGUCUGGUGUGAAGGCGGACGACCAGAACUUGUUGGUGAACAUCUUCACCGUGCCCCAGUGCGAUCGCGUGGAGGAGGGUGAUGCCUUCAUCCCUCCUGACCCGAAUCUGGAAUAUGUCCAGAAGCUGCGCAACAUCGUCGGAGAGGAGCGUAGCAUCCGCGAGCGCCGCAAGACGCGCUUCGCCGACAAGAACUUCGUGAUGGCCAAUCCAGGCUCUGACUUCCCGCGCUCCUGGACCUCGCGAUUCCAAGUGGAGCUGGAAGGGCGCAUCUCCUACACGGCCCCCACCAAGUUCGGCUUGGUGAAGCUCGAUGUGGAAGAGAGCUUCAAGCGAAGCUUGCUACAGGAGGUCAUGCCCAAUGCUGUGCCAGAGUUUCAACAGACCACGGAGGAUGGCAUCAUCUUCCGGAUUUACAAACUGGGAAGCCUGGAGGUGCGAACAAUCCAAGAGCCAGAGGCCGAGGAACAGGUUCACCAGGUCUUCAGUGCCCGGGCAGCCUGCUGGAACUCUCAAGGCAGCAAGACAGAGGCGUCGCAUAAGGAAAAACUUAGCAAAUGCAAGAUGUACAUCGAGGCCUAUGAGCAUGAGGCGUGCAACAACUUCUACAUGGUCUUGGAGACGGAGGAGAAGAGCCUCGUGGUGACCGAGCGCCUGGCCAAUGGCUCACUGUCCUGGAAGGAGAACCCUCAGAACUUAGAGGAUCGAAACAGCCUGGCGAAGCUCCUCUUCACCGUCGACUGCAAGGAGAACAUGCUUUUGGGCGAGGUCGUUCGCCACUUCGAGGAGCUGCCCAGCGACAGCAGCCUGGAUUGUCGAAAGCACUAUGCCAAAGCCUUGUACAAGUUCGUGUCGGGCCGCAACCUCCGCGGCAAAUGGGGAGGCAGCGCGCGGCGCUACGCCGCGCCCGCGCCCAAGCGUGGCCUCGGGAUGUCCAUGGGACGCCCCGAGUUUCAGGCCUCGUCCUUGACGGGCAUCCGAGGGCUCUGAGCGGUGGAGUGACAACUGCGGCGGUGGUGAGCAGAGAAGAUGGAUCCUUUCAUGGGAAGAUGGUCAGACCAUGGCCGCCGAUCUGUCGGUUG